UAAUAUUAAUUGUUGACCAAAAGCAAUAAUAUUAUUAAUUUGCUUAAUAAUACGUCCGCUUUUACUUAAUUACGUUUAAGAAAUCGAAACUCGUUUGUGCUUAAGCUUGAGCAAGAAGGUAAUGCAAACCCAGUCUUCGAAGAAAGGAGUAUUGUGUGGAAUCAAAGAACGAUUACAGUUUCUCGACGAAGAACGGAGCGCCGUGAAAUUGGUUACUCACAUUUCUAUCUGAUCCCAAUUUCAGUACCAAUUUUCUCAGAUUCCGGGAAAAAAACCCUAGCGAUUUUAUCUCCGUUUCAUCAUCAUCCAUGAGUCCGGACAACAAACUGCUUCCGAAGCGGAUCAUCCUUGUACGGCACGGCGAAUCGGAAGGAAAUCUCGACACGGCGGCAUAUACGACGACGCCGGAUCACAAGAUCCAGUUGACGGAUUCCGGUCUGCUUCAGGCGCAGGAAGCCGGAGCUCGUCUCCACGCGUUGAUCUCCUCCAAUUCGUCUUCACCGGAGUGGCGCGUGUACUUCUAUGUUUCCCCGUACGAUCGGACGCGAUCUACGCUCCGGGAGAUUGGACGCUCGUUCUCGCGUCGCCGUGUCAUUGGAGUUCGGGAAGAAUGUCGAAUUAGGGAACAGGAUUUUGGGAAUUUCCAGGUGAAAGAGCGAAUGAGGGCGACGAAAAAGGUGAGAGAGAGGUUUGGCCGCUUUUUCUACCGGUUCCCGGAGGGAGAAUCCGCCGCCGACGUCUUCGAUCGCGUCUCCAGUUUUCUCGAGUCUCUAUGGAGAGACAUCGACAUGAACAGACUGCACAUCAACCCGAAUCAUGAGCUAAACUUUGUGAUUGUCUCACACGGCUUAACAUCGCGCGUCUUUCUGAUGAAAUGGUUCAAGUGGACUGUGGAACAGUUUGAGGCACUAAACAAUCCCGGGAACAGCGAGAUCAGAGUGAUGGAAUUAGGACAAGGCGGUGACUACAGCUUGGCGAUUCAUCACACGGAGGAAGAGUUAGAGAAAUGGGGACUGUCACCGGAGAUGAUUGCAGAUCAGAAAUGGCGGGUUAACGCACACAAAGGCGAAUGGAAAGAAGAUUGUAAGUGGUACUUCGGUGAUUUUUUCGAUCAUUUGACUGAUGAUUCAGAUAAAGAAUGCGAGACUGAUCAGGCCAUUGAAGAAGAUGAAGAAGAGGAGAAAAAAGUAAAUCUGCUAACGGAUUCAGAAGAUAACAGUAAGGAAGAGUUAUGCAAUGGAAAAUGCUGCUGAUAUUUUUACAGAACAAAAGUAUACAUGAGAAGGAAGAAAAUAUCUAACAAAAGGAUUCAGAAAAUUUGCAACACUUGCUGAUCAAGCUUCCUCGUUUCUUAGUUUGUAGCUUUUGGUUUGUGGAAAAGUGUUGUAGAAAUCUGUGUGUGGUCUAUAAAUACACAUCAUGCUUAUAACACAGUAACAUUACACGAAAGAUACUUUUUAUCAAGUCAAAAGCAUUUAUCUUUAUCAAGGAAAAGUUCAUGAAUA